AUGCUCGGACGUCGGACCGUGGCCAAUGUUCCGACGGUGUCGGAGUGGCAGCAUGCCAAGAUUGGGGAGGACCUGGUGUUUUUGGUAGCCGAUUCCAAAUACGCUGUCGGCGUUAGUUGCUCCCAAUUGCCGCCUGGAGAAAAUUCGGGGGAGUUUACCCAAGACGAAUGGGACGACAUUCAAACGAUGACUAGAGUCAGAGUUGUUGAGGGUUCGUGUUGGCCAUGCAAGAAGCGCCGCAUCAAGUGUGACCUUACUAGGCCCGUCUGCCAUCGGUGCCUCAGGAACGGAUCCACAUGCGACUACAACACACGCUUGAUUCGCUGGAGCACGCGCCCAAGUGUUCGUGUGAUGCCGAUUAUUCAUCAGGUUUCCGGAUUCAGUCAGGACGGCCUCUCCAUCGCCGAGAAGCGUGCGUUGGAUUAUUUCCGUGGUCGAGUUUGGCCUCUCCUCCAGACCUUAGCGGAGCCAUGUGCUCCUCCGCUUCCGGUUGCCAUUACCCACCGUGUCGUGUUGUUGGCAACAUGUAUGCUUGCCAACUCUCACCGUGUGCUCCAGGAUGGAAAGGAGAGCCGAGGCUCCGGAUUCAAUGUUAUACGUCUCGAAUGUUUAGCGGCGAUUCGAUCAGAAGUUGGCGACUGCUGCUCCGGCGGAAGCACCGAGCCUUUGCUCGUUCUGCUCUUUGCUGUGCUUCUCUUUUACCUCCAUGACGGCUUUAUGGAGCUAAACGACGAUGCUGCGUCGACUCUGAGCCAUCAUCAAGGCGUCCUGGCAAUCCUCGAACAACUAGGAGGCAUCGAACCCGUCCUUCUCACGAGCCAACAGUCUCUCCAGAUGCUCCUCUCCGAGUUCGUGUCGGCCGACCUGACAACAGCCUUACUUCAAGGAACUCUUCCUUCGUACUCCCCAACCGUGUGGGAGGCUAUUGACCAAGGAGCCGUCUGGUGGGAACGAGACCCAUUGGGCCGCUACUCUCUUGCUACAGUCUUCCGUGAGAUGUCAACCAUGGCGUUCUACCUCGACUCGCUCAAGAACUCUUGCUGCAAUUUAAGUAUGGAGGCGAUACGGGCAUUCGAGGAGAAUUUGCGCCCGAUAUACGCACCAAUUACCACACCAAUUACGGAUGAUGGAUCUGAUAGCGGAUCCGAGACUACUUUGAUGAGGAGUCUUAAUGGAACGACCGUUGAAGUAGUUCACGCCUUUUCUUUGAUCCGCAUAUUUCAGCAUACUGCGCUUGUUUACCUUUACAGAGCGAUCUGUGGGCUGCCCCUCACCCAUCCCUUAGUGCAGCAACAUGUCCAAUCUUGCUUGGAUUGCAUUCUCGACAUUGAGCGACCAUCGAAAACACUACACUGCGUCAUAUUCCCACUGUAUGUGGUUGGCGCUCAUGCCCAAUUGCUCACGCAUCGGCAGGCGGUUCUCGGCCUGAUGGAUUUCAUUUACGAAAACAUGCGAUUCGCGUGCGUCAGGGCUAUUGGUCAAGCUGUCCGCGCUAUUUGGGACAUGAACUCGAUUGAUUUGAGUUGGGCCGAGCUGUUUUCUGUUCUUAGUCCUAAUGUGCUGGUUUUGUAA